AUGAGCGAGGUCAGCGUAGGCAAGGUACUGGUAGGGGCAGACGUAAUUCAGGAAAAGGUCCGCGAAAUCGGCGGAGAAAUAUCGCGCGACUACGCCGGAAAACGGCCCGUGCUUGUCGGCGUCCUCAACGGCGCGCUCAUCUUCAUGGCCGACCUCAUGCGCGAAAUAGACCUGCCGCUUGAAGCGUACAUGAUGGCCGCGUCCAGCUACGACGGCUACGAGAGUACCGGAAUCGUGGAGAUUAUCAAGCCGCUCGACGCAAGCAUCACCGGACGCGACGUGAUCCUCGUAGAAGACAUAGUGGACACCGGUAAAACGCUGGACUGCCUGCUGGAAUCCAUGCAAUCCGAAGAGCCUGCCAGCCUGGAAGUAUGCGCCCUUCUCAACAAGAAGUCACGCCGCAUGGUGGAAGUGCCGAUCAAGUAUGUAGGGUUCGAGAUUCCGGACGAGUUCGUCGUCGGCUACGGUCUGGACUACAACCAGCGCUACCGCAACCUGCCCUACGUGGCGUCCAUGAACGCCGCCGCCGUCAACGGAGCGGGCUAA